AUGGCAGAUGAGGCCCCCUGACAUGUUGUGUCUGAGACUCUGGCACUGAAGACUAACGCAGGACCCCAAGAUUGGGAGUUGUGGGUGCAGCGAUCGAAGGAGGAAUAUCAGACCCUUAUCUGCUACGUGGAGAACAACAAGAAUGGCGACAGAUGGUUGCAACUGGAGUCUAGCAAGGUAGGGACUUGGUGGUUUGGAAAAUGUUGGUAUAUCCAUGACCUCCUAAAAUGUGAGUUUGACGUCAAGUUUGAAAUCCCUAUCAUAUAUCUUACUACUACCCCAGAAAUUGCAGUCCCCGAGCUGGAUGGAAAGACAGCAAAGAUGUACAGAGGUGGCAAUUGCCUGACGGAUGAUUUCAAAUCUUUGUGGGCCAGGAACGUAUCCAAAUUUGAACUAGCUCAUCUCAUGGCUCUGGGGCCGGGUCCAUGGCUGGCAGUGGAAAUCCCUGAUCUGAUUCAGAAGGGGGUAUUCCAGCACAAAGAGAAAUAUAACCAACGAAGGACCAAGCCACUGAGUCAGGGCAGAGGGACUUUUGAUAGGCUAAAAUCCUGUUCUCCUGUGUAUCACACUUAACUCAUCUAACUGCUUCCCAGGACACUCUCCACCUCUAGGUGAUACGAAGUGGCUGCAGCAGAAGGAAAAAAAAAAAAAAAGCCAAAACACCAAACAGCAUUGCUACUGAGUUUCUAAGGCUACACAGGGAAGGGAAAGACUGGGCUUUGGAAAAUCAAGAGGCAAUUUUUAUCUUCCCCUCAAGUGGAACAACAUGGGGUCCUGGAGGCAUGGGGGUAACUGGAAUAGAGUACACAGUCUUUCUGGUUUCAGGAGACAACCCAUCAAUAAAACCUGCUUCCUCUGGUUAAAAGAAAAAGAAAGUAUACAAAACUCAAAUUCUGAUGUCCAUAAAUAAAUCCUUAUCAGAACACAUGCAUGACCUUUGUAUAUUGACAUACAGUGCUUUUGCACAAUGAGUGCAAAGAAACUGGAUGACCUGCAAAACGUUUUCUAAAAUCUUUAUCGCCUGGACCUUUACAGAAAAUGUUUGCCAAUCUGCACUAGGCUGUUAGUUGAAAACUCUGGUGGCCAAACACUCAAAGAACAGGGCAAACUCAACCCAACCUCAAGUUGGCUCAGUUCUGGUUUGGAUUAGGGUAAUUAGCUUUCACUCUAUCUGUCUAGCAGACGAAGGGCAAAUCUUUGCUGGAAAAAGAUAUCAUCAUCAGAGCCUCUACAUUUUUUAAUACACAUUUUAUAUAUAUUCCUGCAUUCAGAAAAUUACUGUACUAACUUUUGUCUGAGCCGAAGUGUGGCACAUAUGACGAAUCAUGACUUAACUGGCAAGUUCAACAGCAUCCAUUAACAUCAGUGUUAUAAAUAAGUAAUACUAAUCUACGUCAUUUAAAGAAAAGUAAAACAUAGGUAACAAUAUUACCUAAAAGCACUUUUCUUGGCAAGAAAACUUAAAAUAGGUGUCCAGAAUAAUAACAUUCUAACAAACUAGAUGUUAGUUUCCACCGUAAAAACAGUCCAAUAAUAUAAAGAAUAGAGUCUAGGAAUUAUUUAUUUUGUAGUAAAUGAAAACAAAUAGCAGUUGACUAAGUUACAAAUCAUCCUGAUCUAUAAACUGAGUUCUAGAACUUGUUUCUCAACGACAUUUGGUUCAGAGGACACCAGCAUCAU